GUAGCGCUUCCUUUCACCAAACUCGUCUGUUUACUUCAUUUGUAAUGAUGGUGUGAGACCGAAACCGCUAGCUAGCUAGCCUAGCUAAAGUAUUGGAGAACCCGGUAAGAGAUGGGGGAAAAGACACACGUGAUGGGUGGACAUACUGAUGGGCCACCUUUUACUUUUGAUCCCAUGACAGUUGUUUGUUCUAACCUGUUUGCUAUCAACAAAGCAACCGUUCAAUUCUAACUGACGGUGUUUAGCGUGCUAGCUGCAGGCGAGGCUAGCUUCAGUGGGUUCGUGUUUCGGGGUGAUUUUGAUAUGGCAGAUUGCACAACAGUCGCCACCACUGGAAUUAUUUUCUAAUUUAACCCUGUAAAAUAAGUCUCAAUUGUUGUAAAUAGGAUUUUUGGGUUAAUUAGCCUUCACGUCUGCUGGGGUAGCUAACGCUGCUGCUAGCGAAACUGUCUGGCCUGGAAUGGAGCCAGGCGACUUGCGAGAGAGCCCCGCCGGGUCCGGGGAGUCAGAUGCCGGGGAUUGGAGGGAGGUUAUUCCCGGUGGGGAUGAGGAGGUCAAAGCUGCCGAAAGUAAUGGAAACACACUAGAGACGGCCCUUAGGGACACCUGCGAGGAAGUCGAAAAUGACAAACAAAAAAAUGUGGGAGAGCAAUUGCACAGUCCAUACGAGGAGGAACUGGACCCCAGAAUCCAGGAGGAGUUGGAGCAUCUCAAUGAAGCCAGUGCAGAAAUAAACAGACUAGAACUGCAGUUGGAUGAUGCCAGAUCAGGGUACCGGAAGAUCCUCACAGAGUCUGCCAGGAAGCUUAAUGCUCAGAGCUCUCAGCUUGGUGGCUGCAUAGAGAAGGCAAGACCCUACUACGAAGCUCGUCGCCUUGCAAAAGAGGCACAGCAGGAGACCCAAAAGGCAGCUUUGAGCUAUGAGAGAGCGGUUUCUAUGCAUACAGCUGCCAGGGAGAUGGUCUAUGUGGCAGAGCAGGGCCUGAUGGCUGAUGGCAAGAACACCCUGGAUCCCACCUGGCAGGAGAUGCUCAAUCACGCUACCUCCAAGGUGAACGAAGCCGAAGAAGAGCGACUACGCAGUGAGAGGGAGCACAUGCGUGUCACACACGCUUGUCAGGAGGCUGAGGCCCGGGUUCAGAUGCUGCAAAAGUCCCUCAAAAGAGUCAUUGUGAAAUCCAAACCUUACUUUGAACUCAAGGCCCAGUUCAACCACAUACUGGAGGAGAACAAGGCCAAAGUGCUGCAGCUGGAACAACACGUAGCCAAAGUGAAGACCCGCUAUUCCAUCGCCCUACGAAACUUGGAACAAAUUAGCGAGCAGAUCCACGCUCAGAGGGGAAGGGACCAGGCCGAGGGAGGAUGCCCCACCGUCUGUGGUGGGCGGAGUUCCCCCAUUGGAGCCGAGUCCGACAUCAAAGUUAAACGAGAAGGUGGAGCCUGCAGCGGUGGUGCGACGGGGACAAGUCGAGUGGAUGGAGCCAUCGACCUGGUGGAGAAAUACAAGGAGAAGGAGAAUGAAAAGGAGAGGGAGCGGGCGGGGUCUGAUUCCCUUUCAGUGUUCAGCCUGCAGACUAUCGCUUCCGACUUGGAGAAAUAUGACUCCAUUGAGCACCUCGGGAACCUCAGCGAUGUAGGCAGCAUGACUGGGGAUGAGGGGGAGAAAGAGAGAGGCCCAGUAAUUGAUAGAAGAGACAAGCUGACGGAAACAUCCGCCAAGGAGCGCCAGCAGCAGUUCUACAAGCAGCACCACCGAAGCUUCAGUUUGUGAGGCUGUUACAGGUGUAACAGCUAUAAACAGCGCAAAAGUACAGUGUGAGUGAUCAAUAAAGUACAAGUUAGGGUAAACAUCCCUAAAACAUGGGUACCAACCAAAGUAUAAGACAGCGGAUUAGCUGCAAAAAUAAAACUGCAGCGAUGCAGUUCUAGGUGUAAAUAAGCACACAUAAGUUAACUGACAAUUCUAAAGCGGGCACUGAUCUAUAGUUAACAUUGCAGCCUAGUUAGAACACUACUUGAAUCUAAAGAGCUUUCAACCCUUCAGGACAAGUAUACUGUAUAUUCACCCCCCUGUGAGGGAUUCUGAGUGGAAUUUCUUCCUCGAGCGCGAAGCAUGAAAAUUCAAACGCCCUGUUUGAACAGACAUAUUUAGAGAAGGUGUCAUUUCUUACUUUGAUACGUUGAUUUAAUUUGGUGAGACUGGUGAAAACAAGUUCUGCUAUUGUUUCUACUCCAGUUGUGUCGAGUCUUAUCAGCGAUUGCUUCAAGGUAGAGAGGGGUGGCAGGGUCUCUCCAUACACACUGAGAUCCACACUCAUGUCCACCCACAUCAAGUUAGUGUGUAGGGAAAAAUGACAAAAACGAUUCUUUCAGCGGAGAGUGAAAGCAUGUUCGUAUUUACAUUUCAUAUAUUUAUUUCCGGUAACAUGCUGAAAGUAGUGCUUAAAUUAUUUUUGGCACGAGAGAAUGCGUUUUUUGAAAAUUCCUGAAAAGAUGAAUGGAAUCAAUAGUCUGAAUAUUGAUAAGAGUCUAUUUGACUCUUUCCACUCCGAGAGCAUGCACUCCUGUAUGGCUAUUAACGCGGACAUUUAUGACGUGUAUUCAGGGCUAUAUGCUGGAACAAACACUGACACCAUUAAAGCUAAGAUGAUGAAGCUCAGCCAAUGUGUAUAAUUUGGAUAUUGUUUACAUUUGUAGAAGUGGAUUGCAUUGGCAGCUAAUGCAUUUCCUCCUUGUUUUGCCUUUUUAAAGAAAUUGCCCUGUUAUUUGAAGUGUGCCUUGACACAGAACAAGUAACACAUUUAGCAUGAGUAGUACUUUGUUGUAAACUCAUCUGUAGUUCUGUUUAGAACAAUUUAAAGAACAAGUGUGUGCCCUUUCAUGAUUUAUUUUUUUUAAAUAUAUCUUUUAAUAAUCACCUAGGCACUGUUCCCGACAAGACUUGAAGAGUUAUGAUUUCUUUUUUGUGUUGAUUUCUGUAUUUUCUUUUAUGAUAUUGUACUUUGAUUGUCAAAGUGUAUGAUGCAAAACAAUGAAGUCAAGAAAUGACUUGUAAAUGUAUGUAAUUAUUACAAAGCUGGAAAAUAUUGACAUGUACAGUUACACGUGUCACUGAUUUGAAUAUUUGACAAGAUUGUUGUACAGAUGUUCUGGAUACCCACAGGUUGUCGUAUGUAUUUAAAUCAUUGUUGUUGCAGUUUAUCUGAAACACCUCACCAUUACUUUUUUCUUAACAAUUAGUCUUCACCAUUUUAAUUGCAUUUGUGAAUUAGCCAGAAUGCCACUGUUUCCAAUUAAUGCAUCUUCAUACCUAACAAUCAAUAAACCUCAUCAUACUU